AGCGUCAGAAUCGGACUGACAAACGCACAGUGCAGUGUUGUAAUACCAAUAGAAUUUGCCCUUGUGAAAUUUUCAUACUGUUAGGAAAAUUCUUUCAGUUUCCUCGUGCAUUUUCAGUCAGUUUUCUGAAAUUCUUACCGGUCCAAAUCAUCGUGGGAAUUUUGUCAUGGACACUGAUGAAACAAGUCAGGUAGAUUCUCGUAACGUACCUCGCUGAUAUCUUGUGCAGUAAGCGGCGAACAACGAGCAGCUGAUGCAGGAAGAUGGCCGCUCUCGAUACAAACAAAUAGUAGCCGGAUUUGCCGAACGAAAUUCGCGGUGGAAAGUUCCAGGUACGGCGGUGAGUUUUCGGCGAUACGAAAUUCACGAAAAUCAUCACGGAAGAUCAUGAUUACCUUGCGGAUUUCUUAAAAGUUACUCCACGUUGGAACCAUCAGCAUUCUAAUUAAUUGCGAAUGUCUCCUUUACCUAUCUUGACCUGCUCAAUAAAAUUUUCCACUUCUAACGAAUACAUUAUGGAAUCAGAUACUGAUUUGCUGUAUUAACAAGGGCAACCCCAUUGAGCGACCUUGUUGGAUUUUAUGCGAAAAUUAAUAUGAUGUCAAGGGUUGUCCAUUAGAAGUUGAAAAAAGAUGGCGUAUGAUCCAAGGAAUGUAAAGUAUCCUUCGGAUAUUCAUUCUCAGCAGCAUCCACAGUCGACAGGUUAUCUAUAUCCAAGUCACCCACCACAGCACACACAACAGACAGACGAGAAUCGCAACGAAAAUCACUGUGGCAACAAGGAAAUGUGUACACAGAAUAAUCAGCAGUCCUUAGGGACUCAAACGAUACAGAAAGUAGAUGCAGCUACGAUGACAGAUCCUCUUCAGAUAGACUUCAGAUUGACCUCAGAAUAUUUAGCACGAUGUUCCAAUUCAUUGGGUCUUCCCUAUGUGUCAAAGUAUGAAGAUAGCAGCAGUACCUCGUCUCAAAACUGCCAGGAAGUCAAACCGAAGAUGGAGUUUGAGGUAGAGCCACAGCAUAUUAAUGGUAUGCUAAUCUACCACUGUCCAGAGUGUGCCUAUCGAUUUGAAGACCGAGAAACUCUUCAUGAGCAUCUCGAAGAUCACAGACAGCGUCCACAUAUCUGUGAUAUAUGUGGUGCUAGUCUCAAACGUAAGGAACACCUGGAUCGUCAUAAACAGGGUCACAACAAGGACAGACCUUACCAGUGCAGCAUGUGUUGCAAGGCUUUCAAGCGAAAUGAACACCUAGCACGACAUAUGAUAAUUCACUCCGGCAGCAAAAAUCAGAUUUGCACAGAGUGUGGCAAAGCUUUUUAUCGAAAGGAUCAUCUGAAGAAGCACCUUCAGAGUCACAGCGGCAAUAGAAAUAAAGGGCUGAAUAAUUCGCAAAAUAAUCAGAAUGCUCAAAAUUCCAGUGAGGAAGGUUUGAGCAGCUUUGCAAUGAUGAUGAGACAAGCUGGACCACCGCCAUUCUCUAUUUUGAGAACUUAGCUCCGACGUUAAUUUCUGUGACAAGAUCACUGAGAUCACUUACUGUCAUUUAAUAGGCAGGAAUAAGAACGGAGUAAUACCAGGAUGUCAGAAUCAAACUGAAAUGAUGCAUCAUGCAAAUUACUCAAUAGUAAGAAUACACUGACCAGUAUCCGAAUUGUAUAUACAUACGUGUACUUGGUUACGUGAGCAUGUGACAUCCUGCAGAACUAAUUGCAAUCGAAAUGCAUAGGCUGGAGAAAAAUGAAGGAAUCCAUAACGGCAUUUGUUACUUAUCGAAGACUAAGAAGCAUGCAAAAGGUUGAGAAGAGAAAAUAAAACAAAGAAGAAAAACGGAUGCCCAACUAGAUUAGUAUUUCUCAAGUAAACUGAUAUUAUAAUACUAGGCUACUAGGUAAAUAGAUGCGCAAUGCCUAUCCAGUAUGUCUCUCUCUGUCUCAUACUAUCAUACCAGAAACGUACGUAAAAUAUCGGCCAGUUGCCUUUAUCGAAACCGAAAAUGCAAACAAACGAGAAACGGUCAACCUUUGAAACAAAAAAAUAAAUAGGAAAAAAAAUGCAGCUCCGAAGUGUAGUAAAAGACUAGGCAAGCACAAGGCGAGGAAGAAAGUUUAUUCUCCUUUUACUUUGUUUUUGAAGAAACUUGUACGCUUAGUUUGUCAUGCUAAAAUGAUAACAGAAAACGGAACGAGUUUCCCUGCAAUUUUUAGAGAGAGGCGUUUACGAUGAUUAUAACAACAGUGACAGAGUGCGAAAGUUAUAAAAAAUAUGUAUAACGCAUAUGUCUCGAACGUUUAUUUGUCUUGAAAAUAGAAGCAAGACAAACGUGGAACGAGUAACAAAAAAUGAAAAGCGAGAACACAUUGCAAUGUGACUAAUUAAUAAUUUCAUUUAAUAUUUACAUCAUGCUCGUGCAUACAUCAAUAUAUAUAUAUACACACAUAUGUGUUAUAUAUAUUGUUAAAUGUACGGAACCCCCCCCCUGGCCCUUCUACUUGUUCAUCUAUCCCGAUUGUAAAUUAUUCUAUUUAUUAACAUGCAAGGACCCUAUUAUUAUUAUUGUCAUUAUUAUUAUUAAUAAUUAGUUAUCUUUAUCAUUGCCUUUAUUGCGUAGUUCUAGGAAAACUUGGUAGCGAGCAUGCACCGAUAAGGGUGAGCGAAAACGUCGAGACAGAGACAGGGAGAAAAGAAAAAAAGAACAGUAAUACUUCUUCUUGACUAUCCCCCCGCGCCUAGCGUCCUCUCUCUUUCUCUUUUCGACGUUCGUUAUUGACUGUAAAAUGCGACCGUAUUUAAACAAAAUAAAUCAUCAUUAUUAUUAUUAUUAUUAUUA